CAUGCAGACAGAAGCUGUGUUUUCGUUUGUUCGUUGUGCGUACAUAUUAAGAUUCGAGUUUUUACCGGGUUUUAGUCAACUUUUCUCUUUUUGCUCUAGUGCACAUACAUGUUGUUUGUGUUAUCUAGCAAAGUUUGUUUUUGAAGCAUGGCUCCACGAAGUAAUAUUUGGACAUUUUUCGUCAAAAAUCCCAACUCGAGUGUAUGCAAAAAUUGUGGAUCAAUCGUUAAGACAAGUGGAAACACCAAAAAUCUUUGGAACCACAUCAACAGACAUCAUCCUCAGCUGCUUCAGUCUGAAAAAAAAACCACCGACGAUUCUGUUCCAGAUGCACGAGAAUCAAACUCAAAGGUUACAAAGAAAACGGUUGCUCAAAAUCAUGUUGAAGAACCUGCUGGUAUUGACCUUGAAAAUAAUCAUGUUAAUUUGAAUCAUACCAUUAAGGAAUCAUUUACGCGGAUGUUGAGUUUUAAAGAACAUGGAGGAAUGACAAUUCAAAUUAAUGAAGCGUUGUUAUAUAUGAUUGCCAGAGACAACCUUCCUUUGAGAACAGUUGAACGAGACGGAUUUCUACAUUUUUGUAAAAUAGCGCUUCCACUCUACAAGCCCCCGAGUAGAAAAAAACUCACUGAGAUGAUUGAUUCUAAAUACAAAAUUCUGAGUGGAGUUGUAAGAAGUGCUCUCUCUGAGGCCGAGUGGUGUUCUUUGACGGCAGAUAUAUGGACAGAUACAGGAAGUAAUCAAAGCUAUCUAGGUGUUACGGCACACUAUCUAGAAGGAACUGACAUGAAAGCAGUUGCUCUCACCGCCUGCCCCCUCGAUCAAGCACACACAAAGGUAUAUCUUGCGAGAUUACUAAAAGAACUUUGUUUUGAAUGGGGUAUUGAUCUACACAAGGUAUCCGUCAUAGUAACGGAUGGGGGCGCCAACAUUGUGGCAGCCGGGAAAGACGUCUUUGGAGAUGCAAGACAUGUUAUUUGCGUGGACCACAGCUUGAGUCGUAUAACCACUGUAGCCAUCGAACAAUCACCACUUUUUGAAAGCCUUCUGACAAAAAUUCGAUCCAUCGUAACAUUUUUCAAAAAAUCUGUUAAUGCUGCGGAUGAGCUUCGGACCUUACAGCGCAAGGAGCUGAGUUCAGAAGCAGACAUAUUGAAGCUAAUCAAAGAUGAGCCAACAAGAUGGGGUAGUAAUUUUGCAAUGCUGGAGCGCUUCAUUAAGCUUGCAGACAAAGUCAGUUUGAUUCUUUUAAGAUUCACUUCCGUGCAAAUGCUGACGGGAUCAGAACUAGCGGCAGCUACUGAGGGACGCAAUCUACUGCAACCAGUGGCUCAUACGAUCACUGAACUGGAAGCAGAAACGUCUUCUCUCUCAGGGAAGAUAAUCCCAAUGUUGAAAAAUCUAAGAAAGGUGUUCACAAAACUCUCGAAAAAAAUGCCCAACUACAAGGAUCGUAUCAAGGUCGUCGAAGGCAACCUGGAAAAGAAUGGGCUAGACUUGUCUGCUGAAAACCAGGAAUAUCUGCGCGAAAAUGUCAACAUCAUCCUGCACAUUGCUGCCACGGUAAAAUUUGACGAGGAAAUUAUCAAAGCUAUCAGUAUCAACAUACGGGGAACGAGAGAGGUGCUGGAAAUUGGGAGAUUAGCGAAAAACCUUGAGAGUUUUAUUUACGUAUCGACGGCGUACUCAAACAGCUAUCAGGAACACAUUGAAGAACGCGUGUACCCGCUGGAAAUAAGCCCCGAAAAAAUCCUGGCAAACAUGGAGGAUGAGAAGAUGAAGGCAGAAGUUUACAACUACUCACUCAAGUGGCCGAACACGUAUACCUUCACCAAGGCGCUGGCAGAAGCUAUUACCCAGAGUUAUCGGCAGUAUUUCCCAGUGGCAGUAGUACGCCCAUCCUGCGUAAUGCCCGCUCUGGACGAACCCAUGUCCGGCUGGUGUGACAACAUUUAUGGAACCAACGGAACAUUCAUCGGCUGGUACUAUGGUUUAAUUCGGACUAGCCAAAUCGAUCCACAAGUACAAAUCGACACGGUGCCGGUGGACUACGUUAGUAACUCAAUCAUCGCAGUGGGGUGGAAGACCUACGAUACGAGAGAACAGGAGAAGGAAAUGCUAGUAUAUAACUGCAUAAGCUCUGCAGACAACCCAUUGACGUUCGAUGAACGUCGUAUCCAGUGCGAAAAAGUUAUUGAAAAGCAUCCACUGCUGACUGCCAUCUACCGACCAAUAACCGUGUGUACCACCAGCGAUACCCUGUUUCGGAUCUACUCAUUGUUCCUUCACUACUUGCCUGCGUUCAUUAUGGACAGCGCACUGAAACUGCGGGGUGAGAAGGCACGCCUAGUUAGCACAUACCAAAAACUUGACAAAGUAGUAGAAACGGUCAAGAUAUUCACCAAUACCACAUUCUUCUUCGACAACCAGAACAUGCGCGACCUGUAUCUUCACAUGAACUCCGCUGAUCUCCGGCAAUAUCCUUGUGAUAACCGUACGUACAGUUGGCGACUGUACUUUGAGCGUAUAGUUCCCGGUCUGAAGAAACAUUUCUUCAAAGAAGACCUCAACAACGUACGACAGGCUAGGGCGGCUCUAAGACGGAAGGAGUUGACUGUGAACAGCAUAUUGGCAAUUGUUUUUGGUUUAAUAGUGUUACAACUGUAUUAUCUAUUCUUCUGAGGAAUAAGAACAUCUAAGAGAUGAACAUCGCAAGCUGUGUACACAAGCUUAAGAUAAACGUCAUAGCUAGGAAUAAUCAAUAAAAAGGUCGAUAAAUGUACGUAAACACGCAUCCUGACAAAGAAAUAUGUCAUCGAUGCAUUCAAUGAAACCACCCACAUUUGAAAGAAACUCGAAGAGACACAGAAAAGUGAUGAAAUAGAUUUACGUAGUUCAUACGACUGUAUACGAUGUUAGUCUCUUAGAUGUUUUUAUCGAGUUUCGUGUGUGUACUUAUUCUAAAAUCAAUUAA